CCUUUUUAAUUUGCAAUAAAAUACAUGGUAUCUAUGUUGAGAGAAAAGUUUUAUAUUUUUCAGAGGAAAUUUGUAUAAUUAUCAACAUUAUUGACUUAGGGCGGUUCUUACAAUGUCUGGAAAAGUGUCAGUUAACGCUAAUCGACUGAUAACAGAUUUUAUUACCAGCAGACAUCAACAGUUAAGUGGUUAUUAGCUUAAAUCGGACAUUGUAAGAACGGCCCUUAAGGAGGUAACUAGAAUGCAACCAUAUUUUAAUGUCAUGUUCAUUGUAGAUUUAAAAAAAAAAAGAAGAAAAAGAAAGGAUAUAAAAAAAUGGUACAAAAUGAUGAAAAUAUGGAUAAUGAUAUAGUUACAUUGAAGGUAGAUAAAUUGAAUAAUGAGACCUGUGAUGACCAUGGCAAGCAUUUGUAUCAAGACGAAACAAUAGACUCUAAUUUCAACAAAGAUGAAUUGAAAAGGAUUUCCAUUGCUAAUGCAUCAGAAGGUGACUCGUUAUUUAAAAAAAAGAAGAAGAAAAAGAAGGGAGAUAAAAUAAUGGUACAAAAUUAUGAAAACAUGGAUAAUGAUAUAGUUACUUUGAAGGUAGAUAAAUUGUAUAAUGAGACCUGUGAUGACCAUGACAAGCAAUUGUAUCAAAACGUAACAAUAGACUCUAAUUUCAAUAACGAUGAAUUGAAAAGGAUUUCCAUUGCUAAUGCAUCAGAAGGUGACUCGUUAUUUAAAAAAAAGAAGAAAAAGAAGGGAGAUAAAAUAAUGGUACAAAAUGAUGAAAAUAUGGAUAGUGAUAUAGUUACAUUGAAGGUAGAUAAAUUGUAUAAUGAGACCUGUGAUGACCAUGACAAGCAAUUGUAUCAAAACGUAACAAUAGACUCUAAUUUCAAUAAAGAUGAAUUGAAAAGGAUUUCCAUUGCUAAUGCUUCAGAAGACGACUCGUUAGUUAAAGAGUUAUUAAAAAAUAAAAGGAGAAGUCAGAAAAAAGAUAUUAAGGCGGUAACUCGUAACGAAGUAAUGUCACCGAAAAAACAAGAAUAUUCAAAAAACGAUUCCCCUCAAUCGGCGGACAUGCUGGACGUGGAGACAUAUUAUGAUAGUAAUAAUUAUAUUGGAGAAGAUAGUGGAAAGAAAUUAGAUCUUUUUGAUUUUCGGGAUGAUCAUACGUCUGAAUAUCAGAAUAUGACCGACAUAGUUACGUAUGAAAAAUAUCCUUUGCAGUGCGACGUUUGCAUUAAAACGUUUAUCAGAGAAUAUGAUUUAUAUCUACAUAAAAGAACGCACACUAAACCAUAUUUUUUCAACGUUUGGGGCCAAUCAUUUUUGAAUACAAGAAAUUUGAUACGACAUAAAAGAACACACACUGGAAAGAAAUCAUAUGUUUGCUACGUUUGUGACCGAUCAUUUUCUAAUACAGGAAAUUUGACACGACAUAAAAGAACACACACUGGGGAGAAACCAUAUGCUUGCAAUGUUUGUGACCAAUCAUUUUCGCAAAAAGGAAAUUUGGUUAUACAUAUAAGAACGCACACUGGGGAGAAACCCUAUGUUUGCAACGUUUGUGACCUAUCAUUUUCGCAAAAAGGAAAUUUGGUUAUACAUAAAAUAACGCACACUGGGGAGCAACCAUAUUCUUGCAACGUUUGUGGAAAUUCAUUUUCGAGGAAAGAACAUCUGGUUAGACAUACAAGAACGCACAACGGUGAGAAACCAUAUGUGUGCAAUAUUUGUGGAAAUUCAUUUUCGAGGAAAGAACAUCUGGUUAUACAUGAAAGAACGCACACUGGGGAGAAACCAUAUGCUUGCGACGUUUGUGACCAAUCAUUUCCGCAAAAAGGAAGUUUGGUUACACAUAAAAGAACGCACACCGGUGAGAAACCAUAUUCUUGCAAAGUUUGUGGCCGAUCAUUUUCGCAGCAAGGAAAUUUGGUUAUACAUUUUAGAUCGCACACAGUCGAAAAACCAUUCGAGUGCAAUACUGCAAUCAGUAUGUGAAAAAAAAUGUAUAAAAAAUUCUAAUCUUAAAUCUCAUACUGAGAGAUUACAUAUGAAAUGUUUUUUAAUUCGUUACUAUUUAUACCGUUAUGACCUAAAGCUCACGAACAAUAAACAUCAAAUUAUAAACCGGAAAAACUAAAUUUUUUACGGCAUUUUAGAAAUCUUAUCAAAAAGCUACGGAUAUUUUCUAAUUUGUUAUCAAAACCUUUUAAUAUUGUCUGCAGCUUACGUUAAUGGAAGUAUUACAUCGUCCUCCAAUGUUUCAUAUAAAUGAAAACAUUAUCAUAUUCAGAAGACUUUUGUACCUAUAAGCAGAUAGCGAGUAUCAGCUACUCUACUAAAAUUAGUAAAUUGCUUAAUGUAUACAUAUUAAUUAUAAAUGAAGAUUGACUGAUAGUACAUUUUUUUUUCA